GUGAACCGGCAUCUCGGCCGCCGGGACCAAGCCAUGAGCCCGCACCUCCGCCUCCUCCUCCUCGGUCUCCUCCUCCUCCUCCUGGCCGCCGCUCGCUGCCGGGGCGGGCCGCCAGCCGGGGGGCUGCGCUGCCACUGCCCACACACCAUGUCCCAGCUGAUCUCACCACGACGCCUGGCCCGUGUGGAGCUGCUCGCAGAGGGCCCGCACUGCGCCGUGCCUGAGGUCAUAGCCACCACGAAGCAGGGACAGACCAUCUGCCUGAACCCCUCGGCGCCGUGGGUCAAGCGCAUCCUCAACAUCAUCCUCAACAGAUCACAAACCAGCCCUGAGGGAAGAAACACUUCCAAAUGAAGCUACCAGGGCUCAGCAGAAGACAGGGGGAAGUGGAAGCUGGAGGAAGAUAACAGCCUGCCUCUCUGAUGAGUUUUCAGACCAGCAGCUCGAUGUUCAGUCUCGCCAAGAUGCUUCCCUCCUUUCAUAUUUAUUACUGCCUAUUGCUACUACUUAUUUAUUGACUGAUGAGUUGACUGAAACUGUUUGAUAAGAUAGCACAGGCCCAGUUAGGUGCCUUUUGGCAACCUUGCUGCCAUUCUCACCAGUCGAAUACCCCCACCUCUGUGCCAGCUCCUACCCUCCAAACCCCGUUAGCCAACGAGUUCCUAUAAACAGCAUGGCUGUCCGAAAAGAUGACAGGUCUGCUGGCGAAUGUCUACACACAGAAGUCUGAAUGGGUUUCAUGCCGAGAAUGAUUUGGGUUCUAACAAGGUAAUAUUGGGGUGGCUUGGUUGGGUUUUAAAUGAGUUUACAUUUAAUUAUUUGAUAUUUAUUCGCAUAAAGGAACAGUAAAUGUUCUGAAGAGGCUUAGAUAUUUUAUGUCCGCUUGUAUGGCAUACUGUCAUAAUUUGUACAGAAUAGGGAGUUUUCCUUACUCUGCUGUGGGAAAAUGUCUUGAUGUAAAAAGGUGGAUUUAUAAUGAAAUGAUAAUGAAA